AGCGUGACUUCAGUCGUGAGUGUCGAGAUGGGCCGGAGACCUGCCAGAUGGUAUGUAAUUUCCCUCGUUAGUUACAUUUACUAGUUAUCGAUAUUGCAAAAAUAAACCGUAUCCUAAGUCGAGAUUUUGUCGCGGUGUCCCAGACCCAAAGAUUCGAAUCUUUGAUCUGGGCAAGAAAAAAGCAGACGUUGAAGAAUUUCCUCUAUGUGUUCAUAUGAUAUCAGAUGAAUACGAACAGCUGUCCAGUGAAGCAUUAGAAGCUGCUCGUAUUUGUGCGAACAAGUAUCUACUGAAGCAUUGUGGGAAAGAUUCAUUCCAUGGUCGGAUACGCGUCCAUCCAUUUCAUGUGAUCCGCAUCAAUAAAAUGCUUUCGUGUGCUGGGGCUGAUCGCUUGCAAACAGGUAUGAGAGGUGCAUUCGGAAAGCCCCAAGGGACGGUUGCACGUGUCGAUAUUGGGCAAGUUAUAAUGUCAGUCCGUGCUCGUGAUCAACAUCAAGCUCAAGUUGUCGAGGCUCUUAGACGUGCCAAAAUGAAAUUUCCAGGUCGGCAAAAGAUUGCUGUGUCACGUAACUGGGGAUUCACAAAAUGGCCUAGAACUAGUUUUAACGAAAUGCGUGCCAAAGGACAACUAGUUUCGGACGGUGUUGGUGUGAAGUAUCUUCCUUCUCAUGGCCCCUUAGAACAAUGGAAACAGACACAAGCACGUCUAGCUGGAAUCACUGUAUAAAAAAAAGAAACUACAAUACAUAUUUGGUAA